AGUCACAUGACGGCGCAGUCAGAAGAACGCAAUGUCCAGAUGAGGGUCCUCACUUGUAGUGGGUUGUGUGCCCUGGCAAUCCUGGGGGGACUUUUUGUGUUGGUAGAGGCGGGUCUAAAAGUUGAAGGAAACGUGUGUGGCCAGAGGAAGUGUGAGCCUAAGGAGUAUUGCAGGGAAAACGACAAGAUAUGUCAGCCCUGUAGGGAUGUCUGCGAGAGGACAUCCAACAACUAUCAGCAGACAACUUGCAACAGCCAAUGUCAAGAUUACAUACACGACAAAUGGUAUGUGAUGAGGCAGGAGGAAGCUGCAGGGGAUGACGUCAGAAGUGAGGUGGCACGACUGACGGUUCUGGUGAUUCUAACGCUAGUCAUAUCGAUGUUAGUACUCCUGGUGCUGAUAGGCACGCUCACUCUGUUCUUCUGUGACAGAAAGCGGAAGAAUAAGCAGUCACCGGUCUACAUCCAGUCAAAUGGUACGAACAACGGGAAGGUGAGCUACAAGACGGAGCCGCUCAAGCUGGACAUGCCUGCGACUGUUCCGCCUCCCAGCACCACGACGGCGACAGCGCCGGCGGCGGCCCCGGUAACGCCGGCCACUACGUCUACUCCUCUAAGCACGCGCCCACGGUACCCCAAGGAAGACCCCACACUGGAGUACGGCGCUUACGACAAUCCGGCCCUAACCCCGUCACCAGUGUUCGAGAAUAAUCCGCCAGAAACAACUCCUGUCAGUAGGCGCCAGGAGAGCUCCUUUUGAACGCGGUACCUGAACACAGGGUUCCUGUGAGACCGUGGAACCCAGAGCACAGGGACUGUACAAGAGAUCCCCUGACUCACUGGAACCAGUGCACAAGGAAUCCAUUGGCUCCAGAAUAUCAAAGGACAAAUGAUUUCUGAACACAAGCUAUUCCUGAAUUCAGAAACUGUGCCAGCACGGUGGAUUCUU